CACACCCGGCAAACAUUCUCUUUCACACAGGGGAAGACAGAGUCUCAAACCAAAAGACAACUCUCAGUCUGUCUGUAUCCCACAACAAAGAUUUCAGACGGGUUUUAACACUUUCAUGUUUCACUGAGUCCAAGUGGAGUGACGAAGGAGGUCAGCUACAGAGUUUUUAUUUCAGGCUUUGGGUGUUGUAAUGUUCCCCAGCAGCUGUUGUGACUCUGUGUGGGAGCAUGUGGAUAAGCGUCAGCGUGUGGGGAUUCUCCAGUACUUUCCAGCUUAAACCUUAAACGUUUGCCUGGUAAGUUACCAGCUCCAUUUACUCCCAUUUCUCUGAAAACCUUCAAAGUGCUGCUCAGAGGAGUGAGACAGGAUUUCAAGUUACAGGACAAAGUGACAGAAACGUUGCAAUGACUCUCCAGUGGACGGCGGUGGCCUUCUUCCUGUAUGCAGAGAUAGUGUUGAACCUCAUCCUGUGCAUACCCUUCAUAUCAGCACACAGAUGGCAUUUAGUUUUCCACUGGAGAAUCUGGAGCUGGCUGUCUCCAUACUGGAACAAGUUCUUCUUUGCGAUGAUAAUGGCCCUUGUUGUUCUAUUUUGUGACGCCAUCCGAGAAGUGCAGAAGUACUCUGGCCCUGAGCCCAUGCAUGAUGCCCAAGCCAACCCGAACCUGUACGACCACGUCCACAUGAAGCUGUUCAGGGCCCAGAGGAACCUUUACAUCUGUGGCUUCUCUCUCUUUCUCUGGCUUGUCAUGCGCCGGAUUGUCACUCUGCUAAACCAGAUUGCUGAGACUUCGGUAAACACUGCAGGUCUUCAGGCACAGAUGGAUAAUGCAUUUAAAACUGCUGAGAAGCACCAGGAGGACAACCAGAUUCUCAAAACAGCUCUCCUGGGAAGAGAACAAUCUACGCUGAUAACAAAUAAUCAAUUGAAGUUGGAGAUUGAAAAGCUUCAAAGUCAACUAAAGGUUGCCGAGGAAGCUGUGCGAAGGUCUGAUGCUGAAGUUGAAGCCAUGAAGAAGCAGGCCAAAGGUCUGGCGGGUGAAUAUGACAGACUACUAAGGGAGCACUAUCUGCUGCAGAACCUCCAAAGUGCUGAGGAUAAAAAAGAUCAGUAAUCGCGUAGCUGUGAUGAGACCUGGGUUUUCCUCCGCCCCUCCCACAGACGAGAUGACGCAGCAACAGCAGACACCAUAUGUCUUCGUCACAAAACUCUUCAGGUUUAAUUUCUUCCGGAGAAGAAGAUUGUUUAUAUAUAUGAUAU